AUGUCGUUGACUGCCGAUCCACCAGCAUGUACAGUUCCAGCUGCCGGAGGCGCAUCCACCCACAAAUUGGUGAAUGGUGGAGCCGACAAAUUGAUCUUCAAGGUGAGAUAGAAGGACUUUACUUAGUUAGUCUAACUUGAUUCACCCAGAUCAAAUCAUCGAAUAAUAAUGAAUAUCGUAUCACACCAGUGUUUGGUUUCGUCGAUCCAUCCGGCUCGAAAGAUAUUGUUAUAACACGUACAGCCGGUGCACCAAAAGAGGAUAAAUUGGUGAUUCAUUUUGCUCCGGCUCCAGCUGACGCAACUGAUGCGCAAGCUGCAUUUGCUGCUGUUCAACCAGCUGGAACUGUUACUAUUCCAAUGUCUGCGACUGCUUGA